GUUUGUUUGCUUACCCCCCUCCUCCUUCUGUAGUGGGCUGUCCAGGGAGGUGGGGGCGGGGUGGGGACGAGGGAUUAAAAGCAGGUGCAGGGGGCUCGGGGACCACUCCCCAGACAGCAGGGUCGGCUGCUCAAGCUCCCUGAGCCCAUUCCCAGACAGACAGAUGUUCCCUCGCUGGCUGAUCGCACUCCUGGGCCUGCUUAGCAGCGCCCGGCUGCCACUGGCUUGGGGCAAACCCAGACCCCAGGUGUCCCCGCCUCUGCCCUGGGCUGUGACCAAUCAGACCCAGGCUGUGGUGGGAGAGGUCCCGGCCCCGGAGGUGCCAGCCCCAGCCCUUGGCAGCUGGAAGGUCUUCCUGAGUUUGCAGAAAAUCGGAAGGCUGGGGGUGGGCGGGCUGCAGAGGACGCCGGAAGUGACGGCCACCCCCGUGCCUCUGCCCCUCGACCCUCAGGAGGUGACCCAGGAGGUGUGUAAGGCUGUGCCCUUCACGCAGGUGCUGUCCCGGCCCGGCUGCUCCACUGCCCGCGUGCACAACCAUAUCUGCUUUGGCCGUUGCACCUCGCUCUACGUGCCCGGCUCAGACCCCACCUCGCUCGCCCUCUGCAAUGGCUGCGAACCCGCCCGCCAGCGGCGGGCACCCGUGGUGCUGUGGUGUCGAGGGGGCGGCGGCCGAGCUUUCCCGCGGCGAGUGAGGAUGUCCACUGUGCUCAUCGACAGCUGUCAGUGCAGCCCCAAGGCGUGAAACCGCAACACCUUGGGGUGGUGGUGGGACCUCCAGUGACUGCGCGGGGGAGGGGAGGGAUGUCAAGAGACCAAGGGACGCAGGGACAGACAGCCAGGUUCCCAGAGUGCACCCCUCCCCUGCUCCCCUGGACACAGCCCCCAGCCCUGGCCGGCCGGCCGUGGCCGUGGGGUUGAACUGAGAAUAGUCUUAGCGCUGCUUACUCAGGGACAGGUGCUCAUUUGCAUAGCCCUCACAGCAGCCCAAUGAGAGAGGGUCUUUCUCUUGCCCCUUUGGUUGGCUCCGCCCCUCACCCAUCACAGCUGCCCGGCUCUGGAUGGGUAACACAGAGGGCCAGCUGGCUCUUGAUUUUGCAAGAUGUUCCCUUGGAAUCUAGGUUCUGGGUUCUAGAAGCUGCGUUCUAGUUCUUUUUAAUGAAUCCCUUGAAAGGGAGAGAGAGAGAGAGAGAGAGAGAGAGAGAGAGAGA